CUCUUCGUUGGGAGAGGGUAUAUCGGACGGGCAUCGGGCAGGACGCCGACGCCAGGCGUACUUCUUACAGCCGCAAAUAUGCGCGAAUCCAAAACACAACUACUAUUCCGCUUGUGAAGCUCGUGAAGUUGUAACGUACGGUAUGUAGUGUCCGACGGGCUCGCCAGAUUAAUAUAAUGCAGACUAUUUUGGACAAGGAAAACUCAUUCUAAUUUGAAGAAACGACAUUCGUAAUGUCCUCAAUACUAAAUUCAGACGAAGGAAAUGGACCUGUCCGCUUGUAGAAGUUGUUUCUGUCAUAAUUCUCAACCGAAUGAAGAAUCGAUGGUGUCGCAAGAGUGCCAAAAUAUAGUGGUAUCGUAUCCGGGACCAAGUUCUGCCAACAACAACAGUUCUGGAGACGAUGCAGUAGCUCCAUUCAAGAACUGCUAUAGAUUAGUUGUACUAGGUUCAUCAAGGGUUGGUAAAACCUGCCUUGUAGCAAGAUUUCUAGGCCAUAAGUAUACAGACGGUUACACACCAACAAUCGAAGACUUUCAUAGAAAAAUAUAUAGAAUUAGGGGUGAGAUAUAUCAACUAGACAUUUUAGACACUUCGGGAUUUCAUCCCUUUCCUGCCAUGAGAAGAUUAUCAUUUUUAACAGGUGACAUUUUUGUCAUCGUAUUUAGUAUGGACAGUAGAGAAAGCUUUGAAGAAGCUGCCAGACUUCGAGAGCAGAUAUUGGAAACGAAGGUUAACGCCUUAGCUUCAACCGGCGGAGGAGUGGGAAUAACCAGAAAAAAGACUUUACCUCGUGUACCUAUGGUAUUUGCCGGAAAUAAAUGCGACAGGGACAUGAAGACUGUAACCGUUGAAGAAGCUCAAGCAUAUUGUGAUAGUCAAGAUGCCUCGUGUACAUUCGUAGAAACAUCGGCCAAGAAAAACUUUAGAGUGGAAGAAGUGUUUUAUCAAUUGUUUUUAGUAGCCCAUUUACCGUUGGAGAUGGCGCCCAACCACCACAAAAGAGUAAGCGCCAGCUUUGGAUCGCCCAGUCCCUUACCGCCACCUACGCCAGUUCAUCAGAGUAAAAAAUAUCAUUUAUCUGUGAAAAGAAAACUUAGCGAUGCAUUAGGGGUAGUCACCCCAAACGCUAGAAGACCCAGUAUAAGAACGGAUCUUAUGAUCAUGAGAAACAAGACUUCCAGGCGAGGAGACACCUCCGGAGCUUCUAAUAAUAAUUCUAAAUGGUGGAAAAAAAGUGGCGACGUCUGUAAUUUACAGUAAAAUCGUUUGCUUUGGAUUGGAAGUUAUUUAGCUCCCUGUAUAUAGCUUAUUGUUAACGAUUAUAAAUAAUUGUUGUUACAGAUGAUGCUACCUUAUAGCAAAAUCGAUAUACAUUGCUGGACAAAAAUCAGGAUAUUUCUUUUCAAGUAUUUAUAACUUUAACGCUGAUAUUUGUUUCCGUAAAAUAUAUUAAAAGUAUUUUCUGUCUCUUUUUGUUUAUAUUUAAAAUCUCACGAAUGGUUAUUCAUUUGUUUUAAAUUUGGUGUAUAACUACACUAUUCCCGAUUUUAUAUUCCUCCAAACAUAAAAUUAUCAGUUACUAAAAUCAUUCUAAUUGUUGAUUUCGUUCGAAUUCUAAAUAGUUAUUCUUAUAAUUUACGUCUACGAUGUUUUUGAAUUACGACAUACAAUAAGCAUUCUCUUUAUCCUUGGUUAUAUCAAUAUCAUUCUUCUUUACCCACAUCUCCUGUCUAAGCGUCUCCAUCAGGUUUUCCUCUCCUACUUGAUCAAUGAACACGCAGAUCAGUAUUUCUUCGUAUUGGUGGAUUAAUUCGCGAUGUUGAAUAUGACUAAACCAUCUUAACCCAUGCUCUUUCAUUUUGGUAUCAAUUGGUGCCGUUUCUAAUAUAAUCAUUCCCAAUUUUAUCAUUUUUUUGUCAUUCCACUUAUCCAUCUAAGUAAACAUUCUCAUUUCUACUACAUGCGCAUUCGUUGUCUUUCCUUCUUUUCAACUGUCCAACAUUCAGUGCCAUACAUCUUAGCUGGUCUUAUGGAGGUUUUAUAGAAUUUUACCUUCAGGUUCACUGAAAUUGUUUUGUCACACAACACACCACUUACUUUCUUCCACUUUAUCCAUCUAACCCUAAUUCUACAGCAUACAUAUCUAUCUAUUGUCCCAUUACUAAUCGGUAGUAGGUAAGGAUCGGUAUCCUAGGUACUGAAAACUAGUAUCUAUCACUAUCUGCCACUAUUAUUUCACCUUCCAAAGACAUCAUCUUAUUUGUAGUAAAUACAUAUUUAUCUAAACGAAUAUUCCAAAUACUCUGUUUUUAUCUUACUAAGGUUUAAACCUAUUUCCUCAAUAAAAAGUCGCUAUCAUUAUUUUCUACUAACAUUACAUUAGCACACAUUAGUCACCAGGGUAUAUUACCCAGUAGUGUCGAUGUUAGCUUGCUGCUGCAAAACCAAUGAGAGAAUAAAUAAGGACUAACCAUCGAGCCAUGGAAACUCUUUUCACAUGAAAUUUACCAGUCUGUCUUAACACUUGUUGUUACUCUCUCAUACAUGUUUCUCACAAUCUUUAUUAAUAAAUAAGGAAUAAAUAAGGACUAACCAUCGAGCCAUGGAAACUCUUUUCACAUGAAAUUUACCAGUCUGUCUUAACACUUGUUGUUACUCUCUCAUACAUGUUUCUCACAAUCUUUACAUAUUCAUCGGGGACUUCUUUCUUAUAGAGUCCCCCCCUCACAUAAUCUCUUAAGGAACUCUAUCAUAUGAUUUUUCAAGAUAAAAUGAAUACCGUAUGAGCCUUUGUUUCUUUAUUCUUGUUUUUUUCUAUCAAAUGACUUAUAAUGAAAAUCAUUUCAUCCGUUCUUGAUCUACCUUGCAUAAAGCCAAACUGAUUUUCGGAUGUUUCGGUUUAUGCACGUAUCCAUCUAUUAAUUAUUCUCCCCCAUAUUUUCAUAGUGAGACUAAAUAGUUUUAUGGGCCUGUAGGGCCAUAAAAAAAGAAAUAAAUUAUAAAGAAUAUUGCUGAUGAAAUCCAAAUAAGCGAAAUAAAUUAUAUUUUUUCUUAAUUAAUGUAUUGACAUGUUUUCUCAAAUAUUUUUUAUAAAAAUUUAACCCUUAAACAUGCAUAGGUGUACGUAAAUAUUGCAACAAGUCACAAGAAACUUGUCCGAAUUUUUUGUUCAGAAAUGUAAGAAACUGUUUCAAAAGUUGCUCUUAUCUUAAUAUUACUAAACACCGAAAAUACAAAUUAUGUGCGGGUAAAAUUCUCAAGAAAUUCUUUAAUAACCUUUUUCUCCAUUUAAAAUCAAAAAUCAUGUUGAGUGGACCAAGAGUAGUUCUUGUAGACGGUAAAUAAUACAUCUUUAAAAUCCAGUACACAGUGGCGUAACUAGUUUGACUGCACCCCAAUGCAAGUAUUCACCGUGCGCUCCUAUUCGUAGACUCAUUUUUCCAGAAUAUCAGUUUUUUGCGCCCCCUAGGCCUGUGCCCCAAUGCACCGCAUUGCAGAGGUGUAACCAGGAUGAUCCUAAGGGGGGAUUACGUUUACUUGAAGGUCUCUGGGGGGUGUGGAAUAAUAAUGGUGUCAAGCGUCUAGAGCUCAAAGUACAUCCAAAAGGGGGGAGUUAUGACCCCCCAAAACCACCCCCUGGUUACACCUAUGCCGCAUUGGUUGCAUUGGCGUUAGUUACGCCACUGCCAGUACAUUAGUCAGAUCAAUUAAAAAUCACUGUAUAUUUUUUUAUAUUUGUCCAAGUUAUCAGCAAAAAAUAUUAUCAGAACUCGGCCAAGUUUGGAAUUAAAGCCCUCUACACACGCCCUGACAACCUGACCUCCUGACACGCCAAAAUUCCCCGACCAUUUUUGUCGGAGUCGGCUCUACACACGUCCUGACAAAACGUAAAAUUAUUGUUUACGAAUACAAAAAGUGCAACAUUUUGAAAUAUACAGCUCCAAGUAGUAAAUUAUCAUAGGUAAUUCGUCAUUUGUGUAUAAAUGGAUCAUUAACGAAUACAAAAAGACCGAAAUAAGCAACGUAUUAUGAAUUUAUGCUAAAAAUGGUAUAUUUUGUAAAAUUAUCAUUUUACUUAAAUUUUUUCUAAACCUAAUGUGUAUAAUAAGCCGUGUUUUUUGAUUUCUAAUGUUAUAAUAGGAGUAAAAAAAUGCAAACAUGUCAAAAUAUACAGCACCAAGUAGUCAAUUAUGUACUCUAUAUAUAUUAUAGACCGUAACAUAGUAAACACGUAAUUUGUGACCACCGCUUUAAAUCAACUAUUUUAAAUGGGAAAUAAGCCACAAUUUUACUAAAAUAAUGAUUUUAUUAAUGUUUCGACGUCCGAAUCGGAUGCCGCUGUCAAACAAAAAUGUCCGAUUUGGACGUCGAAACGUUAAUAAAAUCAUUUUUAUCUACUCUAUGUCAUAUUAUGUUAAGUUUUUAGUUUGUGAAAACUGUCGUUAUAGAUAGCAGUGCGUGAAGGGUUUACAGUGUGCGUGAAGUAACAAUGUAUUUUUUCUGCAACCAUGUUAAAAAUGCAAUUUUUAGCACUUCAUACGAGCGUUAAAAAUGCUACUUUAAGGCACUAGUGCUUUAAAAUUUUUAAGGCACUGCAGUUCGUAUUGACCGUAUAAGCAAUUUUGAUGUAAUGUCAAAAAAAUAUAAAAAUGGAAUGUCAGUCAAGUUCAAGUAAAAUUUUUUGUAGAUAUUGUCCUGUAAUUACGUUUGUAGAAAAAAUAUUGUAUGAUAUGCGUGUUAAAAAGUACAUUUUUAAGGCACUCAUGUGAAUUGCAGAACUCGCUUCGUUCAUUCUGCAAACUUUCACAUGCGUGCCUCAAACGUGUACUUUUAACACUUAUAUAUGCUUAUAUCAUAAAUAACUAUUAAAUGGGAUUUGCUUUUCCGCACACUUUCAAUGGGUUUUUUGGCACACAUUCAUAUAAUCAAAUAUCCUUAACUUUCGCGUUGUCAUGGUGAUGACAAUAUGAGCAAUGACUUACAACAAAAUUUUUGACAGUUUUGUGGUUUGAAAGUAGUUAGGAUUUUUAAAUGUCAAAUUUCUAAAAAUUGUAGAAUAGAAAUGAAUUCCAGUGACUAAGAGUUACAGUUUUUUUAUUUGUUUAUCGUAGAGUAGAUAAAAUAUUGUAUGAAACUGUGCGUGAAGUACUUUUUGCGAACUUACGCGAUGUAUAGCACUCGCUCCGUUGUCGCUCGUGCUCUAAAAAUCGCGUGCGUUCGCAAAAAGCAUACUUCACGAACUGUUUCAUAAAUAACUAUUUUAGUAAAAUUGUGGCUUAUUUCCCAUUUAAAAUAGUUGAUUACAAAAACGCCACAAGGAAAUAGCUUCAGAACAACACCGCUUUAAAAAAGAAAUAAUUAUUCAUCCGUGUUAGAGUCAGAAAUCAGGCCAACAACGCUACACACGUCCUGACACACUAAAUUUGUCAGAAUGUUGGAAUAGCACGAUCACCCAACAAAAUCGGUCAGCGCCUGACUCUCAGGAUUACUCAUUUUUGUCGUGCGACAAGCCUAUAAGCAUACUAUUAUACAUACGCCUUAAACAGUCAGACCCAACUUUGUCAGCCCCGACAGGUGAUUUUGUCAGAGCAUGUGUAGACGGUUUAAAAUCUUCUGAAAGCAUUGCUGUUUUUUUGCUUUAGGUUUUUUUACUUUGCUUUUGCCUUUUCCAAUAGGUUUUUUCUUAUUUAAAUUGGAUUAGAAUGUUUGUCACAAUUUUAAAUUAUCCUACAUUUUUUUAUUAAUAUAUUUUUAUUAAUAUUAGUGUGUCUAAGGAGUAUCUUAUUAUUACAUCUUUUAUCGGUUUUAGUCCCUUCUUGCUUUCUUUAUCUACUCGAUUUAUUAACUUGCAUUUAUUUUCAUUUUUCGUAACUGUUUUCUGGUUUUGUUUCUUUUGUUUUCCAUUUUUUUAAAUAAUUUACUUAUACAUAUCCGAAAAGCGCACAAUGAAAAACGAAAAAAAAGUAAGAGGACCAUAUACAAAAGUAGCAAAAGAAGCAGAAAAUUUCAACUCAGAUAAAAGAAUUUAAAUGUAAUAAAUAUUUAAAAAGAACAUUAAGAUCUCCUUGCAAUCAUACAGGAGAAAUUUUUAUGUACUGUAAAGGUUUUGCAUAUUAAGCGUUCUAAAUUUUGUUGAAUUUAAUAAUAUAUUAAUAUUAAAUAAAAUGGGCAAUAAAAGGUUUCAAACUUCUGAGAGCUGAAUAACGCAUAACGUGUUGUAAAUGUUUUAUGUAUAAUUAAUAUUGUUGGAAAUUUACACUUAUAUUUAUAGCCAGUACAUCACUUUAGUGAUAACAUAACUAAAUACUCUCUUUUUCUAGUUUCGUCCAUCCUUCUGGAGUAUAUUAUACGUUUCUUGGUUAAAACUGUAAGAUUGCUGACUGACCAGCUCAAAAUUAUAUUACUAUAAUAGUACAUUAUAUACCGCGGGACUGAAGUAGUACAUUUAAUCCUGAAGGUAAAGUUUAUGGCCCGACCGCAGGGAGGGCCAUAAUUUACCUGAAGGAUUAAAUGUACUUCAGUCGCAAGGUAUAUACGAUACUUUUCGUACUUCCGGUAUGAUUUUAUUAAUUAUUUCAAUAAUUUCAAUCAGUUUUUUCUCUCUUCAACUCAUUUAAUAAACUGUCUUUAAAAUAAGUUACCAUAGUAACAUUGCGUUGUGACAGUUAUAAUUUAGAAACAUUGUCAUUACUAGUGUCAUUGUAAAGAAACAUUGUUAUUGAUAAUUAUUGGUAUCAUGAGUGAAGAAGGUGUAUCUGAUAUUGAUAAAAGAGCAGCCGAAGUAGGUGAAGAAUUGUUACCACCGAAAUCUAGAAAACUAUACGAGCAGCAGUACGAUGCUUUUAAAAAGUGGUGCCGCUUAAAAAAUGUGAGACAACCUACUGAAAAUGCGCUGUUAGUCUACUUCGAUGAUAAAUCAAAAGCGGUUUGUGCCUCAACUCUCUGAAUUACUCAAUGCUGAAAUCGGUUAUUAACAUUAGAGAAGAUAUUGAUAUAAGUAAAUUUCCAAAAUUAUUAGCUUUUUUGAAGAGAAGAAAUGAGGGAUUUAAGCCAAAGAAGUCAAGAAUUCUCACGUCUGAGCAGGUUAAAUUCGUUUGUUUGUGAUUUAAUCGUUCCGGGAGUUUCGUCAAUAUUUAAUCCCGGAGGGAUUAAAUGUGACACUUUAGUACCUGUCACAACCCAUAUAGCACACAACGUCCGAUGUACGUCCAUAUAACGUACAUUUAAAGUCCAAACGUCCAUGGACCAAAACUGGACGUACUAUGUACGUACAUUACGGGACGUCCAUUGGACGUUGGAUUUCAACGUACAUUGGACAUCCAUUUGUGGUCCAUGGAUAUUUUACACAAAACGCGACUAUUAUAUUAAGUCCCAAUACAAACUAAAUGAGAAUCUUCUUGACAACGUUGUCGCUCUUCGCGCUAUCGGUCGUGAAAGGUAGUAUUAUACAGGUACUUUUAGGGGAUUAUCGCUGUUAAUUGUUGUGGAAUACUGAAGGAUGGUUUAUUUAUGAUAAUUCACAGAAUGGCAAACGCGCUUGUAAUAUACAACAACGGUACUGACUCUAAAAAUAGUUUGGAACAGAAACAGAACAGAGAUUAAACCUCUUUUAAUGUGCAUGCUUCCUAGGGCGUCAUUAUCUGAAUCUCGUUUUUAUGAAAAUACAUCCUGUGAUAUAUUUGUGUUUUCUGUUUAUCGUGCAAGUGCAGUCGUGCAUUAAUGAAGUUCCUAGUUCCUAUAAUAAAGUAUAUAUUAUAAUGAAGUUACAGUAAAGAGAAAUAAAAAGGUCUUUUGUGUAAUAUUUUUAAGUAUAAGUUUAUGUAUUAUAAGGAACUAUUUCCUAUAAAGACUUUUUGCUAUGUAUUCACAAAAUUAUAGAUACUAGAUUUCUUUCUGAAAAGUGCCCUACAAAUGUCCAUAAGACGUACAUUGAAUGUACAUAAGGUGUACACUGAAAGCUUCAAUACAACGUACAAUGUACGUUUGUAGCGGACGUUCUAUGGACGUCCAAUUUUGUGAACUCUGGACAUUCGUUGGACGUCCAUCGGAUGUCCAUUGUACCUUAGCGGGACGUCCAUUGGACGUUCCAAUGUACACAGAUGUACGUCCAUUGGAUGUCCAUAAAACGUACUUGUGCUAUCUGGGAAGGGAGUGAAGUUGUCACUUUAGGCCCGGAAGUACGAAAAAAUAUUUAUGAUGACAAAUAUGUUACGAUAGACGGGAAGACCUAAACCAGACAAUAUUCUUUAUCAAGUUAAAUUUGUUUAUAAGAUAAGUAUAUUUGGAGGAGGGCUUUAAAAUUUAUAAGGGAAUGCAUUUUAAUUAGAUUGUUUUAAAAAUAUGUUAAAAAUAAAUAUAAGUGUGUUUUUUGAUAAAAAUCGUUAGCUGAAAACUAAAAUCAAUUUAAGUAAAUUGAUUUUAGUUCCAUUUGUUAUUUACUAGAUUUUCUAGACUUAACUAACAUUGUAGUAAUUCUUAGUUACUAAUCUUCUUUAUUUUUUAUUCUUCUUUUCCCUCAGCUUCUCCCUUUCCAUAGGUCGUUGUUCCUUACUCCUUUUUGCCAUUGAUUUAUGUCUAUCGUGUCUUCUUUAAACCUUUCUUUCCCCUUAAGAUCUCUGCCGCACAGUCCUUUCAUAUCCUUCUCGGUUUUUCUCUACCUAUCUUCUCAACAUCCCUAACAGCUUCAUCCUUCCUACCAGAACAUAGUUCUUAUUUCUACUUAUGACGGGACCAAACUAUUGCAGUACCUAUUUGUUGUUGGCCCAUUUUUGAGAGUGUAGUCACCCUGGUUCUUUCCCUAGUCGUCGUUCCUGAUCUUACCCCUUCUAUCCUUUUCCAACAUCCACUUAGGCCUUUUGUAUAUCUUUCUCAUAAUUGUAUUAUUAGUGCUAAGAUCAAAAAUCAAAGAUAUGCAGACCAUGUAGUUGUAAUGGAAUCAGGUUUUGAAGAACUACAAACCAUGCUAACCGAACUAGCAAAGGACUCCGAACAAAUAGGUAUAAAAAUGAAUUUUACCAAAACAAAAACAAUGUCAAACACACAAGAUAAUAGAAACGUAAUAGUAAACGAAACGAUUAUAUAAUAAUAUAUAUCGGAUAGAUAAUAAAAAUAAAUAAGGAAAACUAAACAGCGGGGGUAAAAAGAAGGGUCAGAUUAGCCUGGGCAGGAUUUGGGAAAUUAAAAUGGGUCUUAAAGAAUAAAAACGUAAAACAAUACUUAACAACAAGAGUGUUUGACCAGCGCACACUCCCAAUUCUCACAUACGCAUGCCAAACAUGAAGCUUGACCAAACCAAACAUGAAUAAAAUAAUGAAGACACAAAGAGCCAUGGAGAGAGCAAUGUUAGGAGUAAAAUUAAAAGACAAAAAGCAAAACAACUGGAUAAUAAAUAAAACAAAAGUCAAAGACGCAGGACAACAUAAUUAAAAAUUACAAUUUUUAAUUAUAAGGACAACAACCAGAUUAAAAUAGAGUUUCGCAGAUCAUAACCUCAGACAAACGGACAAUAGGUGACACACAACAAUGGAGACCAUGGACUGGAAAGAGAGCAAGAGGACGACUCCAGAUGAGAUGAGGAGAUGACAUUAGAAAUAUAGGAGGAACACACUGAAACAGAAAGCACAAAACACAAGAGAAUGGAGGAAACUAGGGGAAGCGUAUGUUCAAAAUUGGACGAAUUAAAGGACAAAAGAAGAAGAAGAAGAUCAAAUUACAAAAUUGUUUGAACACACAUAAAGAUUUGGUAAAGAAAACGACAACUUUUAUUUAAAAUUGUCUACAUUUUCAAUUACUUAGUGAGUACUCAUACUGUUGAGAUUGUUGUUGCAAAAUACAUACAAUAGAACUUGGCCAGUUCCACUUUACCACUUCUUCUCGCCUCAUCAAAGGCUUUUUACUUUCUACAAGACCUUUUAAUGUAUUUUAAAACGUAUACCAAUGUCAGAUAACACAAAUAUGAACAUAUCUAAUAAUAGCUGUAAUAUUAAAAUGACAAUAAAAAGAAAUCAAAACACGUA